AUGGAAGCUCUACAACACUUCAAUGCUGGUACUGUUGUUGAAUGGAAGCUUAAGUCAAAACCUGUUGUGGCCGUUGGAAUGGAUGCGAAUGGGUCUAUAUUCCCCUUGGCUUUUGCAAUAAUAGCUAAUGAGAGCACAGAGACAUGUGAGCAUCAGGAGAAGAAAGUUUGUAUGCGAAUGGAGUUGAUUAGGCGGGAAGAUGAGGGAGCCUUCCACUGGUUGAAUAAAAUCGAUAAAGAUAAAUGGACAUUACACAAAGAUGAAGCAAAUAGAAACAUUCCUGCUGUCCCGAGCAGCGCUAUCUUGGUCUUAGCAAAUGAUGGAGGGCUCAUUGUGCAAGUAGGAGGGAAAGAAAUCUCUAUCAUAAAUCCCUCUCAAGCCAUUGCUUCAGUUUCCAUGCUGGACACUGGCAACUUUGUGCUCUAUAAUUCUCAUCACAAUAUCAUAUGGCAAAGUUUUGACAAUCCAACAAACAACAUUUUACCUGGUCUGCAUUUAUCAGCUGGACAAGAGUUGUUCUCGAGUGCCUCGGAAGCAAAUGACUCAUUCGGGAUUUUCCGUCUCAAAAUUCAAGAUGAUGAGAACCCGUUCAAUACUGAGUAUCCAGAACCAGACAUUGGCACAUAUGCUUACUUCGCAACAGACACCGCUGGAGUAGGGAAUAAUGCUACACUGAAUCUUGAUGAUAAUGGCCACCGCUACUUGCUCAAUUCCACUAUCGGUCUAAGAAAUCUAACCAAGGGAGGCUACCAUAGAGAAAGGACCAUCAUCUAUCUGAUGAAAAUUGAUGCUAAUGGUAUUUUUUGA